GCUUUGCAGCAAGUGGAUGUGCUGAUGUAGGAAGAAUGGAUGCACCACUGCUCACACACAUACGCACACACUCAGAGCUCAGCCAUGGGGGCGAAUGAAGAAACCAACAUCCACAAAUCUGAGGAUCGAAGGUACAACAAUGUGACUGAGGGAUUGGUUCAGAUGUAGCUGCUGUAACAACGUCCAAUAAUGCUGAGCCCCGUUCUCCGAUCUGAGCUCUCGGCCUUGGAGCCGGAGUACACAGAUGCUGAUGUCAUCUCUACGGUGGAGUUCAGCCAAUCAGGAGAGUUCCUGGCCACAGGGGACAAGGGUGGGAGAGUGGUCAUCUUUCAAAGAGAACCUCAGGGGGAAUAUAAUGUGUACAGCACAUUUCAGAGCCACGAGCCGGAGUUCGACUGCCUGAAGAGCUUAGAGAUAGAGGAGAAAAUCAAUAAGAUCCGCUGGUUACCUCAGAUCAAUUCCACCCACUUCCUCCUGACCACCAACGAUAAGACCAUUAAGCUGUGGAAGGUAAGCGAGAGAGACAAGAGGCCUGAAGGUUACAACCUGAAAGACGAGGAGGGCCGGAUGAAGGACAUUUCCAGAAUCACAUCUCUUCAGGUCCCUGUGUUGCGGCCGAUGGAUUUGCUGGUGGAAGCGUCUCCGCGGCGUGUGUUUUCUAAUGCUCAUGCCUAUCACAUCAACUCUAUCAGCAUUAACAGUGACUGUGAGACUUACCUGUCAGCUGAUGACCUGAGGAUCAACCUGUGGAAUCUCAAUAUCACAGAUCGCAGCUUCAAUAUUGUUGACCUGAAGCCAGAAAACAUGGAGGACCUGAGUGAGGUGAUCACAGUGGCUGAGUUUCACCCUCAUCACUGCCACUUACUGGCCUUCAGUAGCAGUGCAGGUGCUACACGCCUUUGUGAUAUGAGAUCUCGCGCAUUGUGUGACCGACCCGCUAAACUAUUUGAGGAGUCAGUGGACCCAGCCCAUCGAUCCUUCUUCUCUGAGAUCACUUCCUCUGUGUCGGAUGUAAAGUUCAGUCACAGCGGACGCUACCUGCUCACCCGAGACUACCUCACUGCUAAAGUCUGGGACAUCAACAUGGAGAACAAACCAGUGGAGAUAUAUCAGGUCCAGGAUUAUUUGCGCUCGAAGCUAUGCGCGCUUUACGAGAGCGACUGCAUCUUUGAUAAGUUUGAAUGUGCCUGGAACGGAACUGACAGUGUCAUCAUGACGGGGGCGUACAAUAAUUUCUUUCGGAUGUUUGACCGUGCGAGUCGGCGUGAUGUGACUUUGGAGGCGAGCCGGGAGGUGUGUAAGCGGCGCGCUGUGCUCCGGCCUCGCCGCGUGUGUGUGGGGAAGAAGAGGAGGGAGAAUGAUAUCAGUGUGGACAGCCUGGACUUCAGGAAGAAGAUCCUGCACACGGCGUGGCAUCCCACGGACAACAUCAUCGCCAUCGCUGCCAGCAACAACCUGUACAUCUUUCAGGAUAGACACGGCCCCGGACAUCACGGGGGCCAUCAAUUAGAACAAGACAAACCUCUGCAGUUACAGGAUACAACUCGUCAGUGAAACGACCAACAGGACAUGCGUACCAUUUGAAAUUUUUGUUUUUAAUACUUAGAGCACGUUUUCAGUAUAAACGCAGACGCCUAAUAAUAAUGCUGGAUAUUAUAACCACGAUUAUGAUUGGGAUUGUAUUUCAGCACUAAUGCAUGAAAUGUAACACAAGGAGACUUCCUGAACCAGGAAAUAUAUUUGCCUGUCAGUGUCUAAAUCACUACUGCAUGUUUACACUAUUAUCCUUAAUUAAUCGGCUUCGUUAACUGACAAACGUUAUAACGGCAAAUGACGAAUACAAACAAAUCGUACCCUUUAUUUAUUGAAUUUAUGAACUGCAUCCACCGUCUGGUGGCUCUUCUCAGGUUUCAUGUUUCUUGACCGGAGACAGUAGACGUCGACGUCCUCUUCUUCAUAUCAGAUAUCGAAACUGAAGCAGUUACAUCAUCAAUCAAUCAAUCAAUCAAUCAAUCAAUCAAUCAAUGUCUGAUUGAGGAGCAACGUUUCUAAGGAACAUCACGAAAACUGGAUUUUCAAGGACUUUUUUUUUUUUUUUUUUAGCAUGCUAAAUCAUUGUGCUGCUGGUUUUGAUGUCACGGAAGAUGUCAGUAACAGGGUAGGGGAGAGUGGGGUGAGCUGUUACAGCGGUUUCAACUGAACCCACUCUCCCGUAUCAGAGACAAAGUGUUACCGUGGAGUCCACUGUUGGCUAAUAAUGAGAUUAAAGAAACAGUAAAGCUCAUUUUACACCAGCCGUGGUAAGCACUGCAGUAGUAAUGCAUGUUUAUACAGAUAUUCAUAUACAUAUUUUAUGUACUAAAGCAGUGCAAACCGAAAUAAAUGCUCCUCUCUGUGUUGAAUUGAAGAACACAGUCCGUGCUUGAUUUCAAAUUAAAAGUGCUGCGGUGCUUCUGGUGUAAAAUGAGCUUCAUUUUAGUAUACAUCAGCGCCUCGAAUAACGCCAUGUCAUGCUUAAGAAAUUCAGUGUUAUCAUCCUGAAAGCCAUGUCAUUAAAUUUGGACUUUUAUUUCAUUUAAAAUAAUUCAUACAAAUGCAUACAGUCACAAACAUUUUGUUGUUGCUGGGGUUUUUUUUUUUUGUUGUUUUUUUUAAUUCUGUUUAACAAAAAAAUAAUGAUAUCUCAUAGUAUAUAUAUAGUAUGUAUAUUGCUAGCCUACCACUUUAACCAGGAAGGAAACUAUGUAGGCAAUGGAGCUCUGCAACUACCCCAGCAGCUCGGAGCUGCCUCGUAAAACACGGUACGGUCAAGUCACACAGAAACAGGCAAACAUGACGCCAGCUUUUCACAAGACAAACUGGGUUUUUUUUUUUCUUUUCCGUCAAAACAGGACAGAUUUUUUUUUUUUUUUUUUACCUUUAACACGUAAGGUAGUACAUGCUAAGUUAACAAACAGAAAAUUUAAAAAAUAAAAAUAAACAAACACUGAAUAUACUUUUUGAAAGUACUGUCCUAAGUUAGACUACAAAAGACACAUAGAUACAGAAAAAAAUAAUAAUAAUAAAAAAUAAAAACGAUGCAUUAUGUGGUUUAAUUCCAAAGGGAGGGCGGGAGGGAAGGGGGAAAAUAAUCUUCCUGAGAGGGUGUGCAAAACAGGCCUCUUUCGGGGCUAUGUUUAAAAUCAUACCAAAAAAAAAAAAAUAAUAAUAAUAA